AUGGAUGAGUUCUUUGGUGGGAUGGACGGUCGAUGCAGAGUUUCUAUAACCGAUUCGACCAUGAUGUUGAUUGUGCACCAAGCAAUGGACAAAGCACACGAGAAAGUAAAAUCCAAAGAAGGAGUUGUCGAGCGCUUGAAUGAGAUGUCAAAGUUCUAUGAGUUGGCGGUAAUGCAGUUAGAAGGGUGUCUCAAGUUUGUUCAAGAAGAGACAGAUAGCUGCCUUCUUGAGAGCAAUCACGAGGAGGUACUCGCAGACUUGAAAGAGAUUAGAGACCGCCUUCAAGGACGUUUAAAUGAAUCGGAGCUGGCUAUUUCAGACAAGGACAGGGAGUUAACAGAGAGAGUAGAGAAUGAAAUGAAGCUUAGGCAAGCUUUGGAGGUGAAAGAAAGAGAAGUGGUUGCCUUGCGUUCUGAUCUUGAGAUUGAAAGGAGAAAGAGUGAGGGGAUUGAGGAGUUUGAAGAUAGAGAUGCUGAGUUUUGUGAACUGAAGAAUUCAGUGGAUCAACAGGUGUGGAAUAUCAAACAGAAACUUGGGCCUGAUGAAGAAAGAAACAGAGGCAUUGACAACAAAAAGAUUGAACAGAUGGGGUUGGACAUAGACAUGUUGAAGGAAACUUUAGAUCUUGCUUUUGAAAAGAUGCAAAAGGCUAUUUUUUUGUCUGAAAUGGGGCCAAUAGAGCAGCAAUGGAGAUGGUCUAUAGAGAAAGAUACCAUCUGUAUAUUAAUUAAAGGCUUAAUGAGUACUAUCCAAGAGAGUGACACUUUGGCAGAUGUCUGGGAGAAGAUUGAUAAGGUUUCAGUUUCUUAUGCAGUAAAUGAUCAAGAGGAAGAACUAAAUGAGAUAAUAAGGAUGCUAAAACAAGAAAAAGAAGACGCGAAUUUGCAAACCAUGAUAAUAGAGGAGACCUAUGUUACCCUUCUCAAAGGUUUGAUGAAGGAAUUUUUCAUUGAAUUAUAUAAUUAUGAUUUAGAGUGCCUGAUACGUGAGGGUAUAGAGAAAGGUUUUUUCAGAGAAACGAUUAUACAGUGGAAUGAGAGGUUUGAAAGCAACAAAAUUGAGGCCCAGAUAAGAGAAGAGAUAUAUUUCAUUGUCUUUAGAGAGGCAUUGAAGGAUCACGACUUUGAAUCAUCAGAUUGUCAAUAUAUCAGGGAUGAUCACAAUAAUAUAAUAGGAGACAUGCUCUCUGCUAACACGACAUAUAAUGGUCCAAUGGUCAGCGGGGAGGAGAAUUUAACUCAGAUACCAGAUUCUCAGUCACAAUGUUUUCAGGAGGAGGAGGAGGAACAAACAGAAAACCUUGAGCUUGUGGGCUUGAAAAGUGAAGAGAUGGAAGAGCAGGAGAUAUUAAUUGGUGAGGAACAUGAUCUCAGUUCAGUAAGUGGCAAGCUAGAGAAGGCCUUGCACCAGUUGGUGAGGAGUAAGGAACUAUUAGGCGAGUUGGGAUGUAGUUUAGGCAUAACAGUUGGUGAUUUAGAAAAGUUUCAUGCACAUGUUGGAGGCCCCUCCUUUCUCCUACCAAAAGAUAAUGAAGAGGGGCAAUUAGAUGCAUCUGAUUCUGUCUUCUCACCUCUCCCAGUGUUACUGCAAGUGCUUGUGAAUUUUGAGCGUGUAGUACACCAAAAAUUAGGAAUGAACAUUUUGAGGUUGGAAGAGGUGAAGUACAAUAUAGAUCCGCUUGUUGAGCUUGUUGCUUCGCAGAGAAAUAAGGCAUUGCUUUACAGGAAGGCAUUUGUUAGGCGAUGCCACAAUCUGCACAAGGCUGAACUUGAGGUUCUGAACUACAAUUACGUUCCUCACAUAUUAUGUGUUUAUCCUUUAAACGCGUUGGUAGAUUUGCUUGGCGAUCAAGUGGAUGUGCUUCAAGGCCUACUUGAGAAGAUAUACACAACGCUGCAUCACUAUUCCCCAGCUUUGCAGCAGUACUUUGAGGUCUCAGACAUUUUGAAUCUGAUUAAGAAAGAACUAACUGGAGGAGCUGUACGUUCAUAUACCCAAUGA